UGCACAUGCCCGAUUUGUGGACGGAUCUGCAUUCAGUGAAGCUGAGUCAGGCAAGACCUACGUGGGGUUUGCAGUAGUGAAUCAAAUCGAAACUCUCCUGGCGGAUUCAUUGCCAGGACAUUUACCAGCACAAGCAGCAGAGCCAGUGGCGUUGACUGAGGCAUGCAAAACAGUGGAAGCCAAGCUCACAGAGCCUUCUACCAGAGGAGAAAGCUGUUUGGAAAAAGGCAGGCGCACACACAAAAGAAGGGGUACGACCCCAAUGAUAAUGGCUGCACCUCUGGCUGGCACCAGCAUUGAACAAAUUUCCUCCAUUAUAAACACAGGAAGAAAUGUCAGCAUUCAAAUUAACAAUCAAAGUGCAAUUUAUACCUUAAAACACCCAAGGGUCUUCACCUCCAGUGGAUAUCCUCUCAGUCCUCCACCACCAACAAUUGCAAGAAACAGCAGCGGAGCAUGCACCUUUACCAAAACCUCAAGUUCAUUCCGGGGUUCUGUGGGGGUCCUGACUUACCAAAUCCUCGACAUUGAGGCGCACACUCCUGGAAAACUCGUUAUAAUGUUCUCUGUACCUUUUGACUAUAAUAUGUAUGAAAACUGGUUUGCUCUUGGCAUUUUUGAAGAAAAUAUAACAUGUGAUCAGGAUCUAUUCCGACAAAUGUAUUAUGAGAAGGGCUCAUUUACCCGAAGCAAGGGUACAGGGACUGAGAUCAGUUAUUCCCAAAAAAACAUGCGAGUGAACGGAACGAUGUCUCCUGCAGGCAAAUGUGUUAUGAAGGUUGAAUUUGAGGACCAGUAGUCUAGCGAUCUUUUAUCAAAACCUAAGAGACAAACAGACUGUUGAUGUCCCUUCAACUUUGCAUAUACUCAAGGAAAUUAAAUUAUAUUUUGUAUGUUAAAUUCUAUUUUUGUAACUGUUAAACUAAUAUGUUAACAAACUUGCCUAAUAUGUUACCAUAACAUUGAAUUUUUGUAAUAUAUUUUCUACUUUUACUUCAUGUAUGUUAGGCAAAUGUAUGUUACUUUUUAUUUAAUUUUCCAUCAAACUCUUAUUCCAUUUAC